AUGGUGUCCACUCGGCGAGGCACUGCAAACGCAGAGCCGGAAAUGACUGGCACUGGACGGCCCAGACCGCUCCGACAGGCGAGCGACACCAUACAUAUCAUCGUUCCCAGCGCCAAGAAGGUCGAGAAAACUCAGAAGAAUCGCAGAGUGCCAGAGACUCCUCCUAGAAUGGCGCUCUCCGGCAACAUUAGUGAGCAUGAUCUCAGUCUCACAUCCCCAAGCACCGGCGAGUCUCCAGAGGUACUCACUGUCACGACGCCGAGGAAACGACAAGGCUCAACUGAUCCCACCGAUCGAACUGUCUCCUCCGCCCUGCGGAGACUCGCACCUAAGCCUUUCGCGAACAUGAGCGGCAGCAGCCACAACCCCAUCAUCGUCAACGAGGAUCCAUUACCUCCAAGGCGAGCAACGCGAGCCCCGAAGCGCAGACAGAAACACAAAAAGCUUUCGGAACCGCAUCAGUUCAUCGGCAACGGAUAUAGGGAACUAUACAGUUACGGUGUCUCCAGACCAGCACUAGCAGCCAUGCCUGCGAACGGUAGCACAUUCACCGGACAUCAGAGUCACGAUAUCUAUCGGAUGAUGAGCGCCAAGAUCACCGCCGCGCCUGAUGUCAGUCCGAACGCAGCAUGGGGCCGACACACGCUCAACGUACCUUUCGAAGUACAAUACCCACUCUCCGCGCCGGUCCUUGCGCAACACGCGCCACAGUAUCAGGCAUUAUACGCGCAACAGUAUCAUGUCCAAGUUCCUCCUAGCACCUACGCCCACCCAAUUGUUCCUUCUCAGAAUGAAUACUCGCUCCGGAGGAGAGCUGUCCAUCACAUCCAAGAGUACUCACGACCUUCCCCACAGAAGAGGAAGCUCGCCGAUGCUGACCUUGCUGAAACCAGCGAUGAUGAAGCCAGAGAACAUCAGCGGCACGCUCGACCGCAAUCGAGCCGUCCGACCACUCAAUCGAAUGCCACACCUGUGUCCAGGGUACGCAACGUUGACCAACAUAGGAAUCACACGCCAACGGUACAUCGAGACCCAGAUCCCAACCUCCUCGUCAGUCACCUCAUCGAGCACACCUCACUUAUUACAUCGUUGCUACAAGUCUAUCCACACUCUACCGACAAAAAGGGUCUACAAAACGAUAUAUCGAUGAUGGUUCAGAUCCAGAAUCAAUAUAUGAGUGCUUGGAUGGAGGCUGAAUCACAGAGCUCGCGCAAGAGAAUGAAGAACAACAGCGACGGUGCUCUCAGUCUGACGACCCACGCACAGCCCAUCAUCACUCCCGCGAUGGAUGUUCAGAAAGCAAAGGACCAUACAGUGCGUCAGGCUCUUUCUGCUGAUGCUGACAUGUGGCAAGAUGGUACAGGGCAUGGUGUUGCGGAUGCGUUCGCGGUCGCACCUGCAUCAUCACCGAUAGCGAGCAGCUCUGAUGGAAAGAUGGUCGCCCCCGCGCCUAUGACCUUUAGUGAGGCAAUGCAAUACAAUCGUACCAAGGCCAUGAUUCGCGCCAAAGACAUCGUCGUCAAAACCCCACCACAGUCGAUCUCGGACCCGGGAGCAACGUCAACGAGGCACAAGGGUAUUCUCAUCACACCUAUACAACGCGGAUCCCCACAGACACUCGAACAAAUGUCCAAGGCGGCCAAUGACAACCCCAAGACUAUGAACUACAUGAGUCACCCGUUCACUCCUGCCAAAAACAUGAGAACUCCCAUCAAACUACCUCCCCGCUCUGCCAGCUCUCCAAUCACACCAACUACCAAGGAUGACGCUUCGUCUCAACACGGCAACGGCAAGCAUUCUUCUUCCCGCAGCAAGCGCAGCGCCCCUAUACGACCUGCACCUAUCUCUGAGGCCGGCGAACUCCAAGUCCCCGGUAAUGGCCAUGCUUCAAGCAGCUUCCACAGUGAAAGCUCGAGCGACUUUUGUGCCCGAAGGCCGGUGUUUCGUUUCGAACCACGCGUUACUGGUGAAGGCGGGGAAGCUGAAGCGAAUGAUGAUGCGACACCGACUGUGGACGAGUGA